AUGGAUAAAAUAACUCGUUUAGAAGACUUAUCUAACGAAAUAUUCUUCGAGAUUUUCGACUAUUUAAAUGCACUUGAGAGUUUUAUGGCAUUUUCUUCACUCAAUCAACGUAUUUCAUCAAUUCUCUCGUCAAUUCAUCUACGUAUUGUUGUUUCAUCGUUCCAUUGUCGUCGUCAAAUGGAAAUUCUUUCUUCAUAUCUCAUCGAUCAUGUAAAUCAAGUGGUUUCCCUUUCUCUUGAGGAUUCAAUUCUUGAUCUUUCAUCUGUUAUUUCUUUCUUCUUUAAUCGACAUAUAUUUGUAAAUCUUGAAUUAUGUACUUUUUAUACAAAUCAUUCGUCACUACGACUACAAAAUAUUAUUCAACAACUAAAAAGCUAUAAUAAACUUAGAUCAUUUCGAUUAAUCUUAACACAUUAUAUAGAAUUUUAUAAAACAGAAAAACAAUAUUUAAGUAAAACUAUUUUGACACAUCAGUCAUCUGCACUUCGCUCACUUGAGCUUGAAUAUUACUGUAAUCAUUCGCACUUAGCAACUGUUGUUACUCUUAAUUGGACAUUAACAUCAUUGACUUUGACAUUUUAUGAUUUACCUCAAAAGUCAUCAAUUUAUUGUGUUUUACAUGUGCUUCGUAUCUAUCGUGUAUUGCAACGUCUAUGUAUACGUAUAUCAAUUCCUACUCGUCCAGAUAUUCAAUAUGCAUAUACACCGAUUCUACCAACUGCUUAUUAUAAUAAUCUACCUGUAUUGCCAUGUCUUGAAUAUUUCGAUUUACAAACUAAGACAAUGUGCGACAUUCAUUCAUUAAGUCUUAUUCUUCGUUGUAUGCCCAAUCUUCACCAAUUCAUUUUCACCUUUAUGUCUUCUCAUGAAAUUUCUCUUUAUAUUGACGAUAUGCUCGAUGGUCAUCAAUGGCAGCAAAUGUUGACAAGUUAUGUACCGCAUCUAGAAACAUUCGAUUUUCUCAUUGGUUUAUUUUAUACACGACCAAUACUAAACAUGGAUUAUAUUGUUCAUUCAUUUCAAUAUUUUGUUGCACAUUAUGAUGGCUGGCAUAUGGCGAUUGAACAUUCACGAUUAAUCACUGACGAAUCAGAAGAUUAUAUUAGUUUACGAACUUUAACAUAUUCAAUGAAUAGACGAGAGAACGAUCCUGUAGAAUCAAAUAUUCUUUUGGGAACAUUCGAUGUACGAUCGACAUUAACAAUAGAUGCUCAAUAUCAUUAUUUUCACAAUCAUAACAGAAAAUUAGAAGUUAUUAUACCAUUAAAUAUGAGUCUAACUGGUAAUCUACCGUCUUCUCCACCAUUUCAAAAUGUUCAACAUCUCAUUGUCAUAUUUCAAAUGUCAAUAUCAACCUUAUGGAAAAAUAUAUGGGAACCAGUCUCAAUACAUAAUGAUGUGAAUGAUGAAUUUGAUACAAAAGAAUGUGUUAAUACAUUAAUGCGUCUUGUUGAUUUAUCUACUAUAAAGAAAUUAGAUUUUGAACCAAUGAAUAAUCUAUCUCAACUUCAUUGUAUUGAACAAAUCUUAUUGUAAGUUUGAUUAUGUUGUUUAUUUUUAUGAUGUAUUUAUUUUGAGAUCGUCAAAACAUUAAGUGUAAUCAUAAUAUAUUUUGAUGCAUUUUCAAGUUAUUGUUUUGAGUUUUACAUUUCCUCAUCGUUUUUUCGAGCCGUAAUAGAUAGGUCUUAACGAGACUUAUUAAUUAUAGAAGUUUCACGUCUUUAAUUUGACUUGCUUCUAGUCUGAAAGAAGAACAUAAAAUCUGCUAUUUGAUUUGAGUGAUGUAAAAGACACAUUAUCACCAUAGUUCUAUCUUAAGAGAGAAAAAGCGAUAAAAUCUAAAACUCGUUAAGAUGUAUCACUAUACACAGUUUCAAGUCGACAUUUGAAAAUUAAUUUUUCUGGUGUUUCUACAGGGGAACCACGUCAUUUAUUAAAAAAAAAGAUAUCAUAACUGACUACAAAUCCUUUUU